GAGAGGGAGACACAGAAUCCAAAACAGGCUCCAGGCUCUGAGCUGUCAGCACAGAGCCCGACACGGGGCUCAAACUCACGGACCGCGAGAUCAUGACCUGAGCCGAAGUCAGCCGCCCAACUGACUGAGCCACCCAGGCGCCCCUCAAACUGUCAUUCUUAAAAACAUGUGGUUCUAGCACAUCAGUGAUGACCAGAUGGAUGAAGCAGAGAGUCUAGAGAUAGAUCCAAAUACGCAGGAAAGUUAAUAUAUGAUAAAAGGAACAUAUCAAGUUGGUGAGAACAGCAGUAUUCAUUCAACACACGAUGUUGCACCUCAAUGAAACAAAAAAGCAACCAACUGAACGGGAGAAGGUAUUUGCAAAAGGGUAUGUUCAAUAAAGGGAUGAUAUCCAAAAUAUAUAAAGGACUUACGCAACUCAACACCAAAAAAUAAAAUAAAAUAAAUAAUUUGAUUAAAAAUGGGCAGAGGACCUGAAUAGACAUUUUCCCAAAGAAGACAUCUGGAUGGCCGACAUCACUCAUCAUCAGGGCGAUGCAAAUCAAAGCUGCCAUGAGAUAUCACCUCACAUCUGUCAAAGUGGCUAAAAUAAAACACACACACACACACACACACACACACGAAAAAAACACGUUGAUGGGGAUGCGGAAAACAGGGAACCCUCAUGCACUGUUGGUGGGGAUGUAAAUUGGUGCAACCUAUGUGAAAAAUAGUAAUGAGGUUUCUCAGAAAAUGAAAAAUAGAAAUGCUAUGUGAUCCAGGAAUUUCACUACUGGGUCUCAACCCAAAGAAAAUGAAAACACUAAUUUAAAAAAAAAAUACACCUCUAUGUGCAUUACAGCAUUAUUUCUAAUAGCCGAGAUGAGGAAGCAACCCGUGUCCAUUGAUAGAUGAGUGGAUAAAGAAGAUGAUGUCGUGUACACCCACAGCAAAAAAAAAAAAAAAAAAAGAAAAAGAAAAAGAAUGACCUCUUGCCAUUUGUGACAACAUGGAUGGACCUAGCGUGUAUUAUGCUAAAUGAAAUAAGUCAAAGACAAAUUUCACGUAUAUGUGGAAUCUAAGAAACAAAACAAACCAACAAAUAAAAGAAACAGACCCAUAAAUACAGAGAACAAACUAGCAGUUGCCAGAGGAGAGGGUGGAGGUUGGGGCAUGAACAAAAGGAGCAAAGGGAAGUGGGAGCUACAGGCUUCCAGUUAAUAACUGAUGAGAAGGAAAGGUACCGCGUGGGGAAUAGUCACUGGUAGCGUCAUAGUGCUACAUGGUGACAGAUGGUGGCUACCUUGUGGCGAGCACAUACCGUAUAGAAUUGUGGAAUGACUAUGCUGUAUGCCUGAAACUAAUGUGACAUUGUGUGUCAACUAUACUCAAUGAAAGUAAAUAAAUAAGUAAAUACAAAAAUGAUGUUGGGGCAACCAGAUCUCCAUGUAGAAAAAAAUAAUGUGGGUUUUUCCCUCAUGUUUUAUGGUAAAACAAUCCCAGUAGGAUAAGAUAUCUCCAUGUGAGAAAAUGAAACCAUAAAACUACUAAAAGAAAAGAUGAGAACAUUGUUGAUAGAACCUGAAGUGUAGAAUAUCCUUUAUGGCGUUCACUUCCCUGGAUGAUCUGAUUCAUACAUGCGUACUUGUACAAGCUCAUACGGGGCUAUACUUGCCACAACUCCCAAGUUCAUCCUUCGAUGAGAACUCUCCUCUGAGCCAAAGGGGCAUAUAUGUAACUGCCUCCUGGACAUCACUGGGAGAUCACAAACUCAAAUUUAACAUGUCAAAUUAAUAUUAUUAGAGGCUUCCAACAGUACCCAUUUAUUAGCUCAAAUUUCUGUAGGUUAAGAUGUGGCUGGACUCUGAUCUCCAGGCUCUAAAUAAGGAUCCAUUUCUAAGUUCAUUCUGGUUGUCAGUCUGUUUUAGUUCUCUGUGGCUGUAGGAUGGGGGAGAGGGCCUUUCCUUGCCAACUGUCAGCAGAGAACCACUCUCAGCUUCUAAAGCCUGCCUGCAUUCCUCGUCGGUGGCCCCCUCUGCUUUUAAGUCAGCAAUAGUGUGUCAAAUAUUCUCCAGCUUGUACUCUCUCUGAUUCUCCUUUCUGCUGCUAGCCAGAGAAAACUACGCUUUUAAAAGGCACAUGAGAGGAGUGCCUGGGUGGCUCAGUCGGUUGAGCGUCCAACUUCAGCUCAGGUCAUGAUCUCACAGUCUGUAGGUUUGAGCCCCAUGUGGGGCUCUGUGCUAACAGCUCAGAGCCUGGAGCCUGCUUCGGAUUCUGUGUCUCCCUCUCUCUCUGCCCCUCCCCUGAUCAUGCUCUGUCUCUCUCUGUCUCAAAAAUAAAUAAAAACAUUAAAAAAGAAUUUUUUUUAAAGGCACAUGCAAUUAAAUUAGGCCCAUCUAGAUGAUCUCCCUUUUGCCACAUGACAUAGCAUAAUUACAGCAGUAAUACGAGGGGGCAAAGGUGAGAGGGGACAUCUUGAAAUCCUGCUGACGAAACCAGAUAAAGCAGGGAUUUCUUCUGGUAAAAGUAGAACAUUAGCCAGCAGCACCUGGAUAGUGCUGUAUUUGGAAAAUAGCCAAAAGUAACUGCAAAUGCCCUGGGAGUCCUGUUUCACUCUACUGUUCAUCUCAUAAGGAGCUGGCUCUUCCCCGACUGCUGUAAACUGGCAACGAUGAUUGAUCCUCUGAAUAAUCACCAUCCACAUAAAAAUCUUUCAUGGCAGAAUAAGGGUGUGGCAGUGACUGUUCAUUAACCCUAAAUUUUAGAAGAAUUCAAAAAGGGAGCUCUUACCUGGCUUAACUCACAAUAAGGGCAUGAGUUGGGCAUUAACGAAAAAUGUAAUUUUGCGAAGGUUGGUCUCCAUACUCCGUGAAAUAAGAUUUGGAGGGUUCUUUUGAUCACAGCCCUCAUCAGACCAAUCACAUGAAUCUGUUUAUUGCAUUGUAUAAUUACCAAAAGCAAGAUACCCAGCCCUCUAGUAAGAGAGAGUUGCAGAAAGUGAGGCAGUCUACUAAGUGUUCCAGAGGAUGUCUUCCCUACCGAAGUUUACAAUGUUAGCCAACGAAUAGCCAUUAAUGCCAAUGUUCAUAUGAUAAGGAACAUAUGAGUUCUAGUAGCCAGUCCACAACAUUUUUUUUUUUGAGUGCUGUCUGCAUGUGAGGUACUGUUCUGGCACGAAGACUUCAGAAUGAGAUUGUGUAGCAUGAUGGCUACUGGUUAAAACAUGAUGUUGGAAUCAGAAUGACUGGAAUCCAGCUCUAUGACAUGUCGUCCUUCUGAAAGACACUGAAGUCUCUGAGUUCAUUUCUUCAUCCACAAAAUGUGGAUAAUAUAGGACCUAUCUCGUUGUGUUGGGACGAGCAUUAAUGUGGAUAAGAAAAUGUUUAUGGUUAGCACAAUACCUGACACUUUGUUCUGCUUAUCAACAGAAGGUGUCCACUUUCUUGUCAUGCGGGGACAUAAGAGAUCUUGAUACGUGCCACCAGAGAGGAAAACAUGACCCUUCAGUCUUUGCUUCUGACCUGCCUUUUCCUGCUGACCUCUGAUUCCCAUGAGUUCUUCACUAAAGCAAAUUAUUCUAGAAGCUAUCCUUGCGACGAGAAAAGACAAAAUGGCUCUAUUAUUGCACAGUGCAAUGACCGUCGACUGCGAGAAGUUCCCCAAACAGUGAGCAAAUAUGUGACAGCACUAGACCUGUCUUAUAAUUUCAUCACGCACAUAACAAAUGAAUCAUUUCAAGGGCUGCAAAAUCUUACUAGAAUAAAUCUAAACCACAAUGCCAAUCAACAGCACCUGAAUGAAAACCCUGAUAUAAACAGAAGUGGCAUGAAUAUUACAGAUGGGGCAUUCCUCAACCUACAAAAUCUAAACCAGCUACUGCUUGAAGACAACCAGUUAGACCAAAUACCUGCUGGUUUGCCGGGGUCUUUGAGAGAACUUAGUCUAAUUCAAAACAACAUAAUUUGGGUGGCUAAAAAGAAUACUUCUGGACUUACGAAUCUGGAAAGACUCUAUUUGAGCUGGAACUGCUAUUUUGGCAAUAAUUGUAAUAACAAAACUUUCGACAUAGAAGAUGGGACGUUUGAAAGUCUUACAAAUUUGAAGGUGCUGUCACUGUCUUUUAAUAAACUUGUCCAUGUGCCACCUAAACUGCCAAACUCCCUAACAGAACUUUACCUUAGCAAUGCCAAGAUUAAAGUCAUCAGUCAGGAAGACUUCAAGGGAUUGACAAAUUUAAGAGUGCUAGAUUUAAGCGGGAACUGUCCAAGGUGUUUCAACGCGCCAUUUCCCUGUACACCUUGUGAAGGAGGCUCUUCAAUUCAGAUCCAUCCUCUUGCUUUCCAAACCCUGACGGAACUUCGCUACCUAAACCUCUCUAGCACUUCCCUCCAGAAGAUUCCUGCAAUGUGGUUUCAAAGUAUGCAUAAUCUGAAGGUGCUACAUCUGGAAUUCAACUACUUAGUUGACGAAAUAGCCUCUGGGGAAUUUUUAACGAAACUGCCCUCCUUAGAAAUUCUUGACCUAUCUUACAACUAUGUAAAGGCGAAAUAUCCAAGAUAUAUUAACAUUUCUCAAAACUUCUCUCAUCUGAAGUUGCUCCAGACGUUGCACUUGAGAGGCUAUGUGUUCCAGGAACUUAGAGCAGAAGAUUUCCAGCCCCUCAUGAGUCUCUCAAACUUAAAGACUAUCAACUUGGGCAUUAACUUUAUUAAGCAAAUUAAUUUUACCCUUUUCCAAAAUUUCUCCAACCUGAGCAUCAUUUACUUGUCAGAAAACAGAAUAUCACCCUUGGUAAAUGAUUUCAAGCAAAAUGAUAUGAGUGGUUCCUCUUUUCAAAGUCAUAUCCGUAGGCUACGCUCAGCAGAUACUGAGUUUGACCCACAUUCAAAUUUUUAUCAUAACACCAACCCUUUAAUAAAGCCACAGUGUACAGUUUAUGGCAAAGCCUUAGAUUUAAGCCUGAACAGUAUUUUCUUUAUUGGGCGAGAGCAAUUCAAAGCUUUUCAUGACAUUGCCUGCUUAAAUCUGUCUUCUAAUGGCAAUGGCCAAGUGUUACACGGGACUGAAUUUUCAGCUGUACCUCACAUCAAAUAUUUGGAUUUGACAAACAAUAGACUAGACUUUGAUGAUGAUAAUGCUCUCAGUGACCUGCCAGAGUUAGAAGUUCUAGAUCUCAGCUACAAUGCACACUAUUUCCGAAUAGCAGGGGUAACGCACCGCUUAGGAUUUAUUCAAAACUUAACACAACUAAAAGUUUUAAACUUGAGCCACAACAGCAUUUAUACUUUAACGGAGCAAGACCUGAGAAGCAUGUCCCUGAAAGAGUUAGUUUUCAGUGGAAACCGCCUUGACAUUUUGUGGAACGCCGAAGGUGACAAGUACUGGAAAAUUUUUACAAAUCUCGGGAAUCUGACAUGGCUUGAUUUGUCCUCAAAUAACCUUAGGCACAUCCCGAAUGAAGCUUUCCUUAACUUGCCCCAGAGCCUCACCAAACUAUACAUAAAUGAUAAUGUGUUAAAUUCCUUUAACUGGACACUACUCCAGCUGUUUCCUCAUCUCCAGUUACUCGACUUAAGUGGAAACAGGCUGUCCUCUUUGACCAACAGCCUCUCUAAAUUCACGCCUUCUCUUCGCACGCUGCUACUGCGUCGAAACAGGAUUUCCCACCUGCCCUCCAACUUUCUUUCUGAAGCCAGCAGUCUGAUACACCUCGAUUUAAGUUCCAACCUGCUGAAGAUGAUCAACAAAUCCACACUUCAAACUAAGACUGCCACCAACCUAACCAUUUUGGAACUAAGUAGGAAUCCCUUUGACUGUACCUGUGACAUUGGAGAUUUUCGAAGAUGGAUGGAUGAAAAUCUGGAUGUCACCAUUCCUAGAUUGGCAGAUGUCAUUUGCUCUAGCCCGGGGGAUCAAAGAGGGAAGAGCAUCGUGAGUCUAGAGCUAACAACUUGUGUUUCAGACACCAUUGCGGCGAUAUUGUGUUUCUUCACGUUCUUUAUCACCAUCACGGUUAUGUUGGCUGCCCUGGGUCACCAUUGGUUUUACUGGGAUGUUUGGUUUAUCUAUCAUGUGUGUUUAGCUAAGGUAAAAGGCUACAGGUCUCUUUCCACAUCCCAAACUUUCUAUGAUGCCUACGUUUCUUAUGACACCAAAGACGCCUCUGUUACCGACUGGGUGAUAAAUGAGCUACGCUUCCACCUAGAAGAGAGCGAAGAAAAAAAUGUGCUCCUCUGUUUAGAGGAGAGGGACUGGGACCCGGGCUUAGCCAUCAUCGAUAACCUCAUCCAGAGCAUAAACCAAAGCAAGAAAACAAUAUUUGUCUUAACCAAAAAAUAUGCCAAAAACUGGAACUUUAAAACGGCAUUCUACUUGGCCUUGCAGAGGCUAAUGGAUGAGAAUAUGGAUGUGAUUAUAUUUAUUCUGCUGGAGCCAGUGCUACAGAAUUCUCAGUAUCUGAGGCUGCGCCAAAGGAUCUGCAAGAGCUCCAUCCUUCAAUGGCCUGACAACCCCAAGGCGGAAGGCUUGUUUUGGCAAAGUCUGAAGAACGUGGUCUUAACUGAAAAUGAUUCACGGUAUAACAAUUUGUAUGUUGAUUCCAUUAAACAAUACUAACUGAUGUUAAGUCAUGGUUCACCAACAUAAUAAAAAUGGAAAGCAAUUACCCUCUGUCUUAGGUAUUUAUUGCUGUGUAACAAAUUAAUUAUCCCAAAACCCAGUGGCUUAAAAUAACACAAUUUGUGAUCUUACCGUCUCUUUGGUCAGGAGUCCAGGCGAGGCUUGGCUGGGUCCCCUGCUCAGCAUCUCUCAAAGGCUGUCAGCAAGGUGUCAGUGAGGGACCAGGCCUCUCCCAGGGUUAGGAUCCACUUCCAAGCUCAGGCUUACGUGGCUGUUUUCAGGAUUCAGUUCCUCCUGUGCUGUCAGUCAAAGGCUGUGCUCCGUCUCUGGCCACGUGGACCUCUCCCACACAGCAGCUUCAUCAAAGCCAGCAAAAGACAGAGGUUGCUAGCGAGAUGGAAGUCACCAUGUUUAGUAAUCCAAUCACAGAAGUGACAGCCCAUCAUUUGGGCCAUAUUCUAUUAGUUAGAAGUAAGUCACAGGUCCUGCCUGCUCCAUGCGAGUGAUCACCUCAGUUCAGAGAAACUAGUCUGUGUCCAAAAUGGACAGUUGUAAUGGCCUUGGUUGGUCGGCCAUAUUGGUCAUAGAUGGUGAAUACCAGGAGGCAGAAAUUAUCGUGGGCCAUCUUAACAGUUGACUGCUAUACCUUCUUUUCAAAUAUCUAAGAACUUUUGUAACUAUAACUCAUGGUUCUGAUGUUAGGUUGCUAUUUAGAUUUACCCUAUAUCCAUGGCUACAUGGUUAUAUUGUGCUGUGGCUGCAUCAGUCUCUUUUACAAUUACUUUUAUAAAUGUUGGCUACGAUACUUGACCUCUAAAGUUUAGAUGGCACUUAAAGGCUAAGAUGGAUAUUUUUAAGUGUUUUUUAUUUCUUCACCAUUUUUUCAAAAAUUCUGCAGCCCAAUUAGAAACAUUUGGAAUAUCUGUCAAUUGCCGUUGCUAUAAACCUGGAAGCAAAUGAUUAAAAAUGCUUCAUUUCACAUGAUGCACAUAUGAUAAAUAUACGGUAGGGAAAUGUACCUGUAAUGUAAAGGAAAUUGCCAUCUACACUAGGUUUUUGAGAAUACUUUGAAAAAAAUCUUUGGUAAAAAUGAGGGGGGCGGGGGUUCCUGGUUUAAGCGUCCGACUCUUGGUUUCUGCUCAGGCCAUGAUCUCACGGUUGGUGAGACUGAGGCCAGUGUUGGCCUCUACACUCAUAGUGCAGAUCCUGCUUGGAAUUCUCUCUCUCUGCCCUUCCCCCCACUAGUGCUCAUUCUCUCUCUCUCUCUCUCUCUCUCUCUGUCUCUCAAAAUAAAUAAACGUCUUAAAAAAUCAAAGGGGAAACGGUUUUGGUGAAGUUUAUGCAUUAAAGUGAUUAUUAAUAGAAAAAUUAAUUCUACCUUUACUUGCUACUCAGAGGACAAAGUCGGAAAUGCCUACCUGUUCAUGCCCUUUAUUCAAUUCUCCCAAAUGAAACAAUGUUGACACUCUACCCCUCCUACUAGCCCUGUGCUUCCUUUGCUUCAGUCCAUAGCAUCCUCCUUCCACUACAGGUAUGAAUCUUGAAGAAGUACCUUAUGAAAUUUACCUGACAAUAAUUAGAAAUUAUCCAAACAUAGGGGCACCUGGGUGGCUCAGUCAGUUGAGCGACCGACUUCAGCUCAGGUCAUGAUCUCACGGUUCAUGAGUUCGGGCCCUGCGUUGGGCUCUGUGCUGACAGCUUGGAGCCGGGAGCCUUCUUGGGAUUCUGUGUCUCCCUCUGUCUCUGCCCUCCCCUUCUCGCACUCUGUGUCUGUCUCAAAAAUAAAAUAAACAUUAAAAAAAUUUUUAGAAAUUUUCCAAGCAUAAAAAAAUAAAUAAAGCCCCUUCAGAAGGAAGAGAAGAAAGGGGCGCCUGGGUGGCUUAGUCAGUUAAGUGUCCAACUUUGGCUCAGGUCAUGAUCUCACAGUUCAUGAGUUCGAGCCCCGCAUCGGGCUCUGUGCUGACAGCUCAGCGCCUGGAACCUACAUCAGAUUCUGUGUCUCCCUCUCUCUCUGCCCCUCCUCUGCUCACACUGUUUCUCUCUUACUCUCAAGAAUAAAUAAACAUUAAAAAAAAUUUUUUUUAAGGAAAAGAAGAAAAAUCCCCAAUGCACCAUCCAUCCUUUCUUAAGUAGUCUCUUAGUUAAUCUUGCAGGAUGAUUUAUCUUUAAUUAUGAGUUUCUAAGGAACUGAACAAAAUGGUAUGUUACAGUGUUGUUUAAUAAGGACAAAGUAGAAAUCAGCACAAGUUGGCCAAGGACAACUUCAUCUUUGUCACUUCGGACCCUGUUCUGUGACCUUGAUGUUUAUAGGAAGAUGUUUUUGCUUGAGCUUGUUGAGGCAUGGGGACAAGUAUCUACAAGCAGGAUAAUUGUAGGAAGGUAUACCCUAAAAAGAAGAUAUGGGGCAGUUACAGCUCAUUCCUGUUAAUGCCACGUUUGUUUGUUAUCUGAUUGUUUUGGUAAAAUAAAAAUGUAGGGGUUUUUUUAGUAGCAAUUACAGAUCUAUGUUAGGCUCACACACUUUGGUAGUGUUCUGUUGAGAAUCAAAAGCUUAUGAAGGCCACAGUUUUCCCCUCUUAGCAAAUAUAUUCAUAAAGAAAUGAUAGUGUAAUUAGUGGUUAAUAAAAACGUGUUUCUGAAACUCACCUUUUCUCAUUUAAGCUACUGGUAUGGGAAAAUUGGAGCUAUAAUUUCUUUUCUUUUUAAAAUGUUUUUAUUUAUUUUUGAGAGAGAGAGAGAGAGAGAGAGACAGAGCACGAGCUCGGGAGGGGCUGAGAGAGAGGGAGACACAGAAUCCCAAGAAGGCUCCAGGCUCCGAGCUGUCAGCACAGAGCCUGAUGUGGGGCUUGCACUCGUGAACCACAAGAUCAUGACCUGAGCUGAAGUUAGAUGCUCAACCGACUGAGUCACCCAGGCACCUCUGGAGCUAUAAUUUCUUAAAGAGAAGGUAAACAUUGUUCUGUUAUUAUUUUAAAAUGAAUAUAUGCAAAUACCUACAUAUAGGUUUUUUAAAAUUCAAAUUUUACAAAAGGAUGUACAAUGAAAUUUAUCCCUCUAUUUUUUUAAUUUUUAGUUCUUCUUAAAAAUUUUUAAGUAAACUCUACGCCCAAUGUGGGCUCGAACUCACAACCCCAAGAGUAAGAGUCACAUGCUCCACCAACCGAAUCAGCCAAAUGCCCCUAAAUCUCUCUCUCAAUACAACUUUACCUCCUAGAGACCAUCACUCGUAAAGAUUCUUGUGUAUUCUUUUUUUAAAAUUUUUUUUAACGUUUAUUUAUUUUUGAGACAGAGAGAGACAGAGCAUGAACAGGGGAGGGUCAGAGAGAAAGGGAGACACAGAAUCUGAAACAGGCUCCAGGCUCCGAGCUGUCAGCACAGAGCCCGACCCGGGGCUCGAACUCACGGACCGUGAGAUCAUGACCUGAGCCGAAGUCGGCCGCCCAACCGACUGAGCCACCCAGGCGUCCCUCUUGUGUAUUCUUUUGUAUUGUCGGUGUAAAAGUUCAACCAAAAGACCCAACAAUAUGGAAGUUUACUUCUCUAUUCUAUAUGCUAUGGCCUGAAUGUUUGUGUCCUCCCAAAAUCCAUAUGUUGAAAUCUAACCCCCAAGGUGAUAAUGGUGUCAGCUAGUGGGGCCUUCAGGAGGUGACUAGGCCACAAGAGUGGACUGAUGCUGUUAUAAACGUGGCCCUUUCAAUGAUAAUAGCUUAGUUUGGCAAGGCAGCUCUCUCAACAUGGCCAUCCAAGAUCCCGUCUUCCUUUUCUCGUGUUGCUAGGCUGUCCUGUAGGGAAUUGGCAUCAGCAGCAUGGUCCAGGCUGGGGCGCCAUUGCAGUUGGGUUCCAACUGAGGCAAGGGGGGGAAUAAUAAGGAAGAAUACUCAGACCAGCAUCUUAAGGUGGAGACUCAACAGUGGCACCCACCUUCUGCUCGCCUUCUAAGAGGGAGGACCUAUCCGGCCCCUCAUAACUGCACGGUAUGCUGGGCAAUAUGCCUGGCAGAAAGUCUACCACUGUGGGAGAAAGGGAGAAGAAAUUUGGUAGAUAGAUAGCAAGCACUCUCGGCCACGACUUCUAAUUUUCAGUUUGUACAUCUAAGCCCAUAAUUGCUCUUUUACGAUGAAGGAGCAGGUUGUACAAUGCUGCUCUAUGUUUCACCCUUUUCACUUAAUAUUUCUCAGACUCCCAUUUUUCUUUCUGAUGGCUGAAUAGUCCUGCCGUAUAUGAAUAUACCGUAAGGUAUUUUCCCAGCACUUUGCUGCUGAACAUGUAGGUUGUUUCCAAUCAUUGGAUACUAUAAAUGAGUCUAUAACCCUGUGGCAAUAUGCUUACAUGGAGGUGUAUUUAUGAAAUAAGUUCUUUUAGAACAGUGGCACUAAAACAGUAGUCUGCAGACUGGUGCUGAUCUCUGAUCUAGAUGUUGCUUGGUUUUGAUGAGAUAGAGAAAUUGAGAGUUUUAUCAGUUUAAUAUAAGUAAGAGAUACAUGUUUAGAGAUCGAUACAUUUGGGCAUUUUAAAAACGUGGUCUUCUCUCACAGAUGGUUGGGAGACUACUAGUCUAGAAGUGGAAUUACUGAGUCCAAGGGCUUAUGCAUUUUAAUGUUUGCUUGUAGAUACAACCCAGUUCUGCAAAGUGGUUGUUCAGGUGGAAUCCCCACCAAGAGUUGUUUUUUUUUCUUCCUUUAUUUUUUUAAAAUUUGUUUACUGUUUAUUUAUAUUUUUGAGAGAGAGAGAGAGAGAGAGCAAGCAGGGGAGGGGGAGAGAGAGACAGAGACAGAAUCUGAAGCAGGCUCCAGGCUCCGAGCUAUCAGCACAGAGCCUGACGGGGCUCGAACUCAUGAGCCAUGAGAUCAUGACCUGAGCUGAAGUCAGACACUUAACCGACUGAGCCACCCAGGUGCCCCAACUUCUUUUAUUUUUUAAAUUUACAUCCAAGGUAGUUAGCACCUAGUGCAACAAUGAUUUCAGGAGUAGAUUCCUUAAUGCCCCUUACCCAUUUAGCCCAUUCUCCCUCCCAUAACCCUCCAGUAACCCUCAGUUUGGUCUCCAUAUUUGUCUCUUAUGUUUUGUCACCCUCCUGUUUUUAUAUCAUUUUUGCUUCCCUUCCCUUAUGUUCAUCUGUUCUGUGUCCUAAAGUCCUCAUAUGAGUCAUAUUUGUCUUUCUCUGACUAAUUUCGCUUAGCAUAAUACCCCUGGUUCCAUCCACGUAGUUGCAAGUGGCAAGAUUUCAUUCUUUUUGAUUGCCGAGUAAUACUCCAUUGUAUAUAUAUACCACAACUUCUUUAUCUGUUUGUCCAUCGAUGGACAUUUGGGGUCUUUCCAUACUUUGGCUAUUGUUGAUAGCGCUGCUAUAAACAUUGGGGUGCAUGUGUCCCUUUGAAACAGCAUACCUGUAUCCCUUGGAUAAAUACUUAGUAGUGCAAUUGCUGGGUCGUAGGGUCGUUCUAUUUUUAAUUUUUUGAGGAACCUCCUGUUUUCCAGAGUGGCUACACCAGUUUGCAUUCCCACCAGCAGUUCAAAAGAGAUCCUCUUUCUCCACAUCCUCAUCAACAUCUGUUGUUGCCUAAGUUGUUAAUGUUACCCAUUCUGACAGGUGUGAGGUGGUAUCUCAUUGUGGUCUUGAUUUUUAUUUCCUGGAUGAUGAGUGAUGUUGAGCAUUUUUUCAUGUGUUAGUUGGCCAUCUGGAUGUCUUCCUUGGAGAAGUGUCUGUUCAUGUUUUCUUCCCAUUUCUUCACUGGAUUUUUUUUUUGGGGGGGUGCUGAGUUUGAUAAAUUCUUUAUAGAUUUUGGAUAAUACCCCUUUAUCUGAUAUGUCGUUUGCAAAUAUCUUCUCCCAUUCCGUUGGCUGCCUUUUAGUUUUUCUGAUUGUUUCCUUCACUGUGCAGAAGCUUUUUAUUUUGAUGAGGUCCCAAUAGUUCAUUUUUGCUUUUGUUUCCCUUGCCUCUGGAGACAUGUUGAGUAAGAAGUUGCUGUGGCCAAGGUCAAAGAGGUUUUUGCCUGCUUUCUCCUCAAGGAUUUUGAUGGCUUCCUGUUUUACAUUUAGGUCUUUCAUCCAUUUUGAGUUUAUUUUUGUGUAUGGGGUAAGAAAGUGGUCCAGGUUCAUUUUUCUGCAUGUUGCUGUCCAGUUUUCCCAGCACCACUUGCUGAAGAGAACUGUCUUUAUUUCAUUGGAUAUUCUUUCUUGCUUUGUCAAAGAUUAGUUGGCCAUACAUUUGUGGGCCCAUUUCUGGGUUCUAUAUUCUGUUCCAUUGAUCUGAGUGUCUAUUUUUGUGCCAGUACCAUACUGUCUUGAUGAUUACAGCUUUGGAAUACAGCUUGAAGUCUGGGAUUGUGAUGUCUCCUGCUUUGGUUUUCUUUUCCAAGAUUGUUUUGGCUAUUGAGGGUCUUUUCUGGUUCCAAACAAAUUUUAGGAUUGUUCUAGAUCUGUGAAGAAUGCUGGUGUUAUUUUGAUAGGGAUUGCAUUGAAUAUGUAGAUUGUUUUGGGUAGUAUUGACAUUUUAACAAUAUUUGUUCUUCCUAUCCAGGAGCAUGGAAUAUUUUUCCUUUUGUGUGUGUGUGUGUCUUCUUCAAUUUCUUUCAUAAGCUUUCUAUAGUUUUCAGUGUAUAGAUUUUUUUACCUCUCUGGUUAGAUUUAUUCCUAGGUAUUUUAUGGGUUGUGGUGCAAUUGUAAAUGGGAUCGAUUCCUUAAUUUCUCUUUCUGUUGCUUCAUUGUUGGUGUAUAGGAAUGCAACCAAUUUCUGUGCAUUGAUUUUAUAUCCUGCGACUUUGCUGAAUUCAUGGAUCAGUUCUAGCAGUUUGUUGGUGGAAUCUUUGGGUUUUCCAUAUAGAGUAUCAUGUCAUCUGCAAAGAAUGAAAGUUUGACCUCCUCCUGGUCGAUUUGGAUGCCUUUUAUUCCUUUGUGUUGUCUGAUUGCUGAGGCUAAGACUUCCAAUACUAUGUUGAAUAACAGUGGCGAGAGUGGACAUCCCUGUCAUGUUCCUGACCUUAGGGGGAAAGCUCUCGUUUUUUCCCCAUUCAGGAUGAUAUUAGCAGUGGGUCUUUCAUAUAUGGCUUUUAUGAUCUUGAGGUAUGAUCCUUCUAUCGCUACUUUCUUGAGGGUUUUUUUUUUUAUCAAGAAAGGAUGCUGUGUUUUGCCAAAUGCUUUCUCUGCAUCUAUUGAAAGGAUCAUGUAGUUCUUGUCCUUUCUUUUAUCAAUGUGAUGUAUCACAUUGAUUGCUUUGCGGACAUUGAACCAGCCCUGCAUCCCAGGUGUAAAUCCCACUUGGUCGUGGAGAAUAAUUCUUUUCAUGUAUUGUUGGAUACCAUUGGCUAGUAUCUUGUUGAGGAUUUUGCAUCCAUGUUCAUCAGGGAAAUUGGUCUAUAGUUCUCCUUUUUAGUGGGGUCUUUGUCUGGUUUUGGAAUCAAGGUAAUGCUGGCUUCAUAGAAAGAGUUUAGAAGUUCUCCUUCUAUUUCUAUUUUUUGGGAACAGCUUCGAGAGAAUAGGUGUUAACUCUUCCUUAAAUGUUUGGUAGAAUUCCCCUGGAAAGCUAUCUGGCCCUGGACUCGUUUUUUGGGAGAUUUUUGAUUACUAAUUAUAUUUCUUUACUGGUUAUGGGUCUGUUCAAAUUUUCUAUUUCUUCCCGUUUCAGUUUUGGUAGUUUAUAUGUUUCUAGGAAUUUGUCCAUUUAUUCCAGAUUGCCCAUUUUAUUGGCAUAUAAUUGCUCAUAAUAUUCUCUUAUUAUUGUUUUUAUUUCUGCUGUGUUGGUUGCAAUCUCUCCUCUUUCAUUCUUGAUUUUAUUUAUUUGGGUCCUUUACUUUUUCUUUUUUAUCAAACUGGCUAGUGGUUUAUCAAUUUUGUUAAUUCUUUCAAACAAACAACAAGCUUCUGGUUUCAUUGAUCUUUUCUGGUUUUUUUUGUUGUUGUUUCAAUAGCAUUAAUUUCUGCUCUAAUGUUUAUUAUUUCCUGUCUUCUGCUGGUUUGGGGUUUUAUUGCUGUUCUUUUCCCAGCUCCUUAAGGUUUAAGGUUAGGUUGUGUAUCUGAGAUCUUUCUUCCUUCUUUAGGAAGGCCUGGAUUGCUAUAUACUUCCCUCUUAUGACUGCCUUUGCUGCGUCCCAGAGGUUUUGGGCUGUGGUUGUUAUCAUUUUCAUUGGCUUCCAUGUACUUUUUAAUUUCCUCUUUAACUUCUUGGUUAGCCCAUUCAUUCUUUAGUAUGAUGUUCUUUAGUCUCCAAGUAUUUGUUACCUUUCCAAAUUUUUUCUUGUGGUUGAUUUCGAGUUUCAUAGCAUUGUGGUCUAAAAAUAUACAUAGUGUGAUCUCGAUCUUUUUGUAUUUGUUGAGGGCUGAUUUGUGUCCCAGUAUGUGGUCUAUUCUGGAGAAUGUUCCAUGUGUACUGGAGAAGAAUGUAUAUUCUGCUGCUUUAGGAUGAAAUGUUCUGAAUAUAUCUGUUAAGUCUAUCUGGUCCAGUGUGUCAUUCAAAGCCAUUGUUUCCUUGCUGAUUUUCUGAUUAGAUGAUCUGUCCAUUACUGUAAGUAGGGUGUUGAAGUCCUCUACUAUUAUGGUAUUAUUAUCAAUGAGUUUCUUUAUGUUUGUGAUUAAUUGAUUUAUAUAUUUGGGUGUUUCCACAUUUGGCACAUAAAUGUUUACAAUUGUUAGGUCUUCUUGGUGGAUAGACCCCUUAAUUAUGAUAUAAUGCCCUUCUUCAUCUCUUGUUACAGUCCUUAUUUUAAAGUCUAGAUUGUCUGAUAUAAGUAUGGCUACUCUGGCUUUCUUCUGUUGACAAUUAGCAUGAUAGAUGGUUCUCCAUCCCCUUACUUUCAAUCUGAAAGUGUCUUUAGGUCUAAAGUCGGUCUCUUGUAAACAGCAUAUUGAUGGAUCUUGUUUUCUUAUCCAUUCUGUUACCCUAUGUCUUUUGAUUGGAGCAUUUAGUCCAUUGACAUUUAGAGUGAGUACUGAAAGAUAUGAAUUUAUUGCCAUUAUGUUGCUUGUAGAGCUGGAGUUUCUGGUGGUGUUCUCUGGUCCUUUCUAGUCUUUGUUGCUUUUGGUAUUUAUUUAUUUAGUUAGUUAGUUAGUUAUUUUUGUCUUUUCUCCCCUCAGAGAGUCCCCCUUAAAAUUUCUUGCAGGGCUGGCUUAGUGGUCAUGAACUCCUUUAAUAUUUAUUUCUCUGGGAAACUUUUUAAAAAAAUUUUUUAUGUUUAUUCAUUUUUGAAAGACAGAGAGAGACACAGCACAAGCAGGGGUGGGGCGGAGACAGAGGGGGACACAGAAUCUGAAGCAGGCUCCAGGCUCUGAGCUGUCAGCACAGAACCCGACGCGGGGCUCGAACUCACAAACUGCGAGAUCAUGACCUGAACCGAAGUUGGACGCUCAACCAACUGAGCCACCCAGGUGCCCCUGUCUGGGAAACUUUUAAUCUCUCUUUCUGUUUUGAAUGACAGCCUUGCUGGAUAAAGAAUUCUUGGCUGCAUAUUUUUCUGAUUCAGGACAUUGAAUAUAUCCUGCCACUCCUUUCUGGCCUGCCAAGUUUCUGUGGAUAGGUCUGCUGCAAAUCUGAUCCGUCUUCCCUUGUAGGUUAAGAACUUUUUUCCCUUGUUGUUUUCAUGAUUCCUUCCUUGCCUGAGUAUUUUGUGAAUUUGACUGUGAUAUGCCUUGUUGAUGGUCGGUUUUUGUUGAAUCUUAUGGGAGUCCUCUGUACUUCCUGGAUUUUGAUGUCUUUGUCUUUCCCCAGGUUAGGAAAGUUUUCCACUAUGAUUUGCUCACAUAACCCUUCUACCCCUUUUUCUCUCUCUUCAUCUUCUGGGACCCCUAUGAUUCUGAUGUUGUUCCUUUUUAAUGAGUCACUGAUUUCUCUAAUUCUUAAAUCGUGCUCUUUUGCCUUAGUCUCCCUCUUUUUUUCUGCUUCAUUAUUCUCUAUAAGUUUGUCCUCUUUAUCACUGAUUCUCUGUUCUGCCUCAUCCACCCUUGCCGCUGUGGCAUCCAUUCAAGAUUGCAGCUCAGUUAUAGCAUUUUUUAUUUCAUCCUGACUAGCUUUUAUGUCUUUUGUCUCCACAGAAAGGGAUUCUAAUCUAUUUUUGACUCCAGCUAGUAUUCUUAUUAUCAUGAUUCUAAAUUCUGGUUCAGAAAUUUUGCUUGUAUCUGUGUUGGUUAAGUCCCUGGCUGUUGUUUCUUCCUGCUCUUUCUUUUGGGGUGAAUUCCUUCGUUUCAUCAUUUUGAAGGGAGAAAAGGAAUGAAUGAGGUAAAAAAAAGUUAAAAUUAAAAACAACACACACACAAAUCAAAUAAAUGAUGCUAUAUCCUAGGUGUGUUUUGGUCUGGGUGUUGAAAGUGGGUUGAUAGAUUAGAAAAAAAAAGGGGGGGAAAGAAAAAAAAGGAAAUCGUUUGAAAAUUUGAAAAAAUGAAUACACUGAAAUAUAAUAAAAUGAAAUGAUGGAAGUAAAAUAGAAUUUGAAAAAAUUUACACAAAAGUAAAAAAUAUAGAAGAAAAAUUAAAGAAAAAUAUCUUUAAUAAAUAUUGAAAGUAAAAAUAAAUUUUCUCUUUCUGUAUUCAAAAAAAAGAAAAAUUAAAAAGAGAAAAAAAAGAAAAUCGAAUAGAUGGACCAGUGAACGGACUGAAAUAUGACUGAAAUUACUUUGUUUUCCCCUAGAAGUCAAACUAUGAAGCACUUUAUAGUCCACAAACUAAGCAGGCAGAGAGACUUGUAUUGUUCCUGAAGAGCAAGGUUGUUGGCCCAGUUGGGCGGGGCUUAGUGUAACAGCUCCAUUCUCUACUAGAUGGCGCUGCUUAGCUUACUGGGGUGGAUUGUUGUGGCGCUUGUAGGUGUGUAUGCGCAUGCACGGGAGCAGUGAAAAUGGCAUCACCCAGCUAACUGGUCUCUAGUAUGGGAACUCUUCUCCUGGAUCAGCAAUCACACACCCGUCCUUUGUCUUCGUCUUCCAUCCACUCCCUGCUUUUACACUGUCCGUGACCAAGCCCCAAGCAGCACCUCCUUCCUGAGUUUAUCUCAGAUGCAGCUGUUUUUCCUGACCCCUCACUUCUGAGGGACUGCAGCUUUGACCCGUUCUGCCCCUCUGCAGGAGAGUCUCACCAAGCAAUGGCCAAGUGCCAGCUGCACCCAGGAACGUUCAUGGGACCAUGCUGCUUCCAAUGCCCAGAGACUGUGGCUGGGUGCCAGCCCACCCCAGAAAAAGUUCAUGCGAUCGUGUAGCAGCAGCAUUUCAUGGAUUAUGGAAAAUCACAACACACAUCUGGCAGCAGGCUUUACCCUUAACGACCUGUUCCAGCAAAUGUGGUUGUUCACCCGGGUCCACUGGGGCCUUUGCCUCUUGGGGGGCCACACAGCCUCUACCAGAUGUCUUUCCAGCAGGGGAACUGUCUCUCCCCGUGUGGCCCCAAGACCCCUGGACUUCACUCUGCUCCUGAGGAUUCGCCCUUCCCACCAGAGCACCACCAGGUAUCAAGCUGCAGAGUUUCAGACUCUGUGCUCCCCCUGUUUAUAGAGUCUUAAUGGAAUUUAAACCCUUUCCUUUCUCCUUUCUCCCUUUUUAGUUCAGUCCCUGUGGCUGUUUCCACUUUUCCACUUUCUCUCCAGCCCCUGGAGGGCUGCUUCAGGGUGGGGGGGUGCUUUUCCCAUAUUCUCCCCCCGUCUCUGUCCUCUCUCCACAAGCAAAAAUAGCUCCAUGCCCUCUGUGGCUUCUCUCUCUCCCCUAGUUCACCUCUCUGCACUGUGUACCUGCUGAGUUCUGUGGUUCAGGUUGUGCACAUUGCUGUGUUAAUCCUCAAAUCAGUUUUCUAGGUGUGCAGGAUGGUUUAGUGUUGGUCUGGCUGUAUUUCAUGGAUGUGAGAUGCGAAAAAACUUCCAUGCUGUUUGAGGUUCUUAAAUUAGUCAUCCUAGACUCUGGGAUUUCAUCUGAUCGUUUACAUCAUCCGUGGGGUGGUGGCCGUCAUGGUGCUUGUAGGCAUCUUCGUCAAGCUCCCCACCAAGAGUUUUGAUGGAAAGAGUUAUAGAAUUAGGGUCAAAUAAAAGUUGAUGAUUGUCUUUUUCCAAUUUAAGGUUCCUUCCUGAGGAAUUAGAAGUGAUCAAUCUGGCAUGGAUUUGGCCCACUAAUUAAAACAUGCUGUGACCAUAGGUGUGAUAUAAAAGUCUACAGCCUUCCUGGCAGGUGCGGAAUCCAUUGGGAAGGAGGAGAGGGCAUUAGGAAAGCCUAUUUAGCAUGUGUUUUGCCUUUGUAAUAGAAACUACACCAUGCAAAAUUUCAUACCAUAUUACUUACUGAUGGUGAUCCAUGGAAUGAGGAGUGAGGAACUCUGAGGGGAGACAUUGGUUGAGGAUCCCGGAGAUAAGGUUACUCAGUUUAAUGUGACUAAUCAACUGAGUAAGGACACAGGGAGUGUUACAUGAUGACAGUGGAGGAGGAACCUGAGGCAACAAAGAUCUGACAUGUGGCCCAGGACAGGUACUCAGUUUGUUGCUUCUUUAUGCAUUCGCUUUUCCUUUUAUGAUCUCUGGCUCAGAAUAAGAAUAGAUGUAGAACCUGGUUCCAUAAAGCUCCAGAAAUAGACUUCCCUGAUGCUGUUAGAAAUCUAACAUCUUCUCAGGGAAAUGCUGGGGCUUGUUUGCUUUGAAAUCGAUCUAGAUAUUAGAACUGCCAGUCGAACCAAGUGCUUCCCACUGUCCUCAGCAUAGGACACAUGAGUGAGAAGAAAGGUAGAGUCUUUUCCUGGGAGAGAAAUCUGUCAGGAUGGCAUUUUGCCAGCAACCUGGGGAGUCAGACCCAGGUAGAUCCUCCUUCCCAUUUCCAGAAACUUUUCCUACCAAGUGGAGACUCUGUCAGAGGAAUUCCCUACCGUUUUGUUGUUGGUUCUUAGAUGUUUAUUUAUUUUGAGAGAGAGAGAGAGAGAGAGAGAGAGAAUUCCAAGUAGGCUCCACACUGUCCCACACAGGGCUCAAGCCCACGAACCAUGAGAUUAUGACCUGAGGCAAAAUUAAGAGUCGGAUGCUUAACCCACUGAGCCACCCAGGUGCCCCUAUCCACUCUUUUGAUAUAGCUCAUUCUUACGAUGUUCGUGCAACUAAAAUUGAGUGAGCAUCUAUGAUGUACACCAGUUGUCACUGCGUCCAAGUGCACUUGCAGAGAGUCAUGGAACCAAUGGUGACCAGUCUUCCCUCUUCUCUACAAGACCAGGCCUCAGGUGAACAUGUGUCCUUGGGGUGAAAAAGAAGGGAAAACUCCUGUGGGAAGGGGGAGCCAUGUUAUAGCAGUCAACAUCUAUGUGUGUGAAGGACUUUCUGGAAGGUCUACCAGGCCUCCAUGCUCCAUUUGAUCCUGCCAUAAUACUUAAAACCAUCCACAUGUUGCUUACCACUAUGUGCUAAAGAAAACAAGACCUAGGGACACCUGGGUGGCUCAGUUGGUUAAGCAUCCGACUUUGGCUCAGGUCCUGAUCUCACAGUUCAUGGGUUCAAGCCCUGCAUCGGGCUCUGUGCUGACAGCUCGGAGUCUGGAACCUGCUUCAGAUUCUGUGUCUCCCUCUCUCUCUGCCCCUCCCCUGCUCACACUCUGCCUCUCUCUGUCUCUCUCUCUCAAAAAUAAAAACAUUUUAAAAAAAAGACAAUAAGAGGUAACUCAUUAACACUUCAGCUGUAAUUAGAUCCUCUAUCUCCUUCCAUUAAGAAAGAAUAGGUCUCAUACAUUCUAAACUUCUUUUAUCUUUUUAAAGGCUUCAUCCUCCCCUAUGACCAGCUUUGGUAAGAAUAUAAAAUCAUCAGGCCUGGAAUAUGUCAUAUAACAUCGCACUUAUCUUCCUCUUCAAUUUAAAAUGUAUACUUAAUAAACAAAUGCCUUUUGAACAACUAAUAUGCACUGAAUCCUAAGGUGGGUUCAAACAUGGCCCAAAUCCACCAACUGGUCAAUGGAUGAAUGAAAUGUGAUCUCUCCACACAGUGGAAAGAAGCCAGGCACAAGAGACCACAAGUUUUAUGAGUCCAUCUAUACAAAAAUGUCCAAAAGAGGCAAAUCCAUAGAGGCGGAAAGUGGUUGCCUGGGCCUGGGGGUUAAGAGAAGAUAGAAAGGGUUAAUGGGCACAGGAUUUGUUGUUGGAAUGAUGCACGUGUUCUGAGUGUAGUGAUGGUUGCACAACCUUGACUCUACUGACAGCCUUAUUUCUCUUCUUUUAUUUUGGGUGGCAGUACUAGCAUGGCCCCACCAUGUCAGAAGCUGCUAGCAAUUCUACCCUAUACUCUUGAAGUCCUAUCAGCUCUCUUUGGUUCUCUGCUUUUUUCUCAGAGCUGGCAAAGAUUUGCCAAAUCCCUGUUUGGCACUGAUCUCUGAUUAUUGGCCUCUGUAAAGAACCCUGAACCACAGAGACUGGAAUGCCCAGUUCUGGUCAUAGUGAAGGAACUGGGUGACUCUGGGGAAAAUCACUCCACCUUUCUGAGCAUGAUUCUUCACUUGUAGAGUGGCCUAAAUGAUCCCCAAGGUAUUUUCAAAUAUUACUACUGUAUUAGUUUCCUAGGGCCACCAUAACAGAGUACCACAGACUAGGUGGCUUAAAACAUUAAAAGUUUACUGUCUCAUAGCUCUAGAGGCUAGAAGUCGGAAAUUCAGCUUCCUCUGAAACCUCUAUAGGAGGGUCCCACCCUGCCUCUCCUAGCUUCUGGUGUUUGCUGGCAAUCCUUGGUGUGGUUUAGCUUGUAGAUGCGUCACUCCAGUCUCGGCCUCCAGUGUCACAUGGCUCUCUUCCUUCCAUGUCACCUCCUCUUCUUUUUAAAAAAUGUUUUUAAUGUUUAUAUUUUUAUUUUUUAAUGUUUAUGUAUAAUGUUUAUUGAGAGAGAGACAGUGUGAGCAGGGCAGGGGCAGAGAGAGAGGGAGACACAGAAUCCGAAGCAGGCUCCAGGCUCUGAGCUGUCAGCACAGAGCCAGGUGCGGGGCUCGAACCCACAAACUGUGAGAUCAUGACCUGAGCCAAAGUCGGAUGCUCAACCAACUGAGCCACCCAGGCGCUCCUCCCUCCUCUUCUUAUAUGGGCAUCAGUCAUAUUGGAUUAAGGGUUCCACCCUACUCCAAUGUGGCUUUAUCCUAACUAAUAACAUCUACAAUAGCCCUAUUUACAAAAGAGGUCACAUUCAGAGGUACUGAGGGUUAGGGCUUAGACAUAAAAUUUGUGGCAGGUCAGGGGACACAACUCAACCCAUAACAGCCAUGGCUUUUCUUCUUUAACAAUGACUUCGAAUUCCAUGAAAAUUGAAAAAGUCCUUGUGAAUGGGAAAGUCUUUUAUGAUAGUUGAAGAAAGAAUAGGCAAUUUCCCUCCCAGCUGUUAAUAAAGCUAUUAUGGUGAUAUGGCCAGGUUUCCACUGUCAUUAUCCUUGAACUUAAAGCCAUAAUAGUAUCCAUUAUUUCCAAUGAGUACAAAAGAAGGUCACACAAUUGUGUUCUCUUCCUCUCUGCCCUUGAGUGCUUUUAGGGAAUGGGGGACUUGAUGAAGCCCCGUGUCUUACUCAACAAUCACAUAGUCUUGGAGGAUACAGGGCAACAGAUAACUGUUUUGAACCUGAAGUGGACAUCUCAGGACUUCCUGUGCCAAUGACCCCGAAUGGAAAAUGGUCUUCAUAAAUGUCCCCCCAGGGGUGCCUGAGUGGCUUGGUCGGUUAAGCGUCUGAUUCUUGGUUAUGACUCAGGUCAUGAUCUCACAGUUUUGUGGUUUUGAGCCCUGUGUCGGGCUCUGAGCUGGCAGCUCAGGACCUGCUUGGGAUUCUCUUUCCCCCCCACUUCUGCCCCUCCCCCACUCACACACUCUCUCUCAAAAUAAAUAAAUAAACUUAAAAAAAAUAAUUAUAAAAAAUAAACGUCCCUCCAGUGCACAAAGAGAAGAGACUAGAUUUCAAAUAGGUAAGAUAUUAACAGAAAAACAAAAACCAAAACGCCAAUUAUGAUAGCAGAAUAUUGUCAUCGGGAAACUGUUGGAGGUUUUUUUGCUUCUUUCCUGUGGGAAAUACAUUUCUGGGGGUCGAGAGAAAAGACCCCUCUGUCAUAUUGUCCCAGUAUUCUUCUCCUCUGACAUUAUACCUGUACUGUUCUGGGGAUAAGUCCCUAGUUAUGAUAACACCAGAGGAUCACGGACGAUCAAGAGCAAUGUCUGGGCUUUUGCAGGAAAAGCCCCAAAUGCAGUUGCCAAAAGCCAAAAAUCUGAAGCUCGUUGACUCUACCAUGUCCCUCCCACCGGCAACCAUUUAUAUGUUUAUUUUUUUUAAGUUUUACUUAUUUAUUUUGAGUGAGAGAGUGUGUGUGUGUGUGUGUGUGAGCAGGGGAGAGGCAGGGAGAGAGGGAAUCCUAAGCAGGCUCCGCGCUGUCAGCACAGAGCCUGAUGCAGGGCUCCAACUCAACAAACCGUGAGAUCAUAACCUGAGCCGAAAUCAAGAGCUGGAUGCUGAACCGACUGGACCACCCUGGCACCCGUCACACGUAACCAUUUAUCAAGUACUCUUGAUUUGACCUCCUAAAUUUCUCUCCCAUCCAUCUUCCAUUUCCAUCAUCGGCACCCCUUAUCCCAGUCAGCAUUUCCCAUUGCCUUCUGGAUCUCCGUUCUGGUCCCUCCAAUUCAGUUCCAACUGCCAGAGUGAUUCUUGUAAAAGGUGUGACUUCUGAAUUAAGGUUGAAAUCUUAACUCCUGAACAAGAUGCAGAAGAGCCUCUGUGACCUCCCGUUUGCCUGCCCCUCCAGCCUCUGCUCGAAGUACCCUCAUCACUAGCCUUUGGUUCAUACUGAGAACACACCAAAUUCUCUUGCCUCAGCACCUAUACACACACUAGUGCCCUGAGUCACCACUUCCUCCAGACUUCACUUAGCUAAUUCCUGCUCCUCCUACAGGAAGUGGUUAAAUGUCUCUUACAGAGGCUUUCCCCUAAUUUCCAAAUUUCACUUAGGUGCCCCCUUAUAUAUCAUCUUAGCAUUUAUCACAAGUUUUGUUGGGUAGAUAAUAGUGAAAUGGAUGGAGUGGUAUUAACACAUGGGUGUUCCUUUGGACUGUAGGCUUCAGAGAUGAGGGAAGGUGCCUUUUGCCCAUGACUCUGUCCUUAAUAUUCAUUACUAUGCCUGAUACACAAUAAGUAUUCUCAAGAAAUAGUUUUCAAGUGAUUGAAUGAAUGAAUGAAUGUUUAGAGAGACUUGUCGAGCUGCACACCAGGACAGAUGUGGUGUGAGUAGGAGGUCACACUGUCAAAUGUCACACUGCAGCAUCUAUGGAGGGGGGAAGGACUUCUUCCCUCUCCAUUUCCCACCUUCCCACUCCCAGGAGCAAGCAUGCCGGUUGUGUCUUGGGUACCAUACAGCGCCAACAAUCUCGGAGGCCAUGAUGCUGACUCCAUGGGGCUCUGAGCCUGGGCAAGAAUUAUUUGCAUUCUUAUCUGAAUGUUGGGCUGUGCUUCAAAGCAGGUAAAGCAUAGACAAAGAAGGAACCAAGGGAAGAUAUCAUGAAACAGAAGUAAGUUGACUACAAACCGUAUAUAGAGACCAUGUGACAGUCCAUAAACAAAUACAGCAAGUCUGAAAUCAGGCCCCCAGAAGGUGGUUCCUGACUGUAUCAGCAGGUUUGCAGGUGCUGUGGCAGCAUUCUGAGCAAAAUCUCCCCAAGUUAGCCCCAUAACCACGUUAGUAAGUACUCCACCAAAAAUGUUCCUGAGGUCAAAUAAGUUUGGGAGCUGCUUGGUCAUUAUACUAUUUCUUUGUUGGUUGGUUGGUUUUGUUGUAGAGAGAGAGAAAGAGAAGGGACUGGGACAGAGUGAGAGAGAGAGGGGGGAGAGGGGGAGAGAGAGAGAGAGAGAGAGAGAGAGAGAGAGAGAGAGAAUCUUAAGCAAGCUCCACCCUCAGUGUGGAGCCUGACACAGGGUUUGAUCAUACUACCCUGGGAUCUUGACCUGAGCCAAAAUCAAGAGCUGGACACUCAACCAACUGAGCCACCCAGGGACCCCAUUAUAGUAUUUCUAAUAGGCAUUGUGAUCUCCAAGAGGGAGCGAUAUUACACUGUGUCCCAACUUAUUAGACCAUGGAUUCCUUUUUUUUUUUUUUUUUUUUUUUUGCAAGGCAACUGUUGAAUUUACUCUUCUCUCUUCCUCUUUGGAACUGCUGAUGUGAAGGCCUGAUAGAGAGUCAGCCACGCUAGUGAGCCCGUGGAAGUGUUUCCAGAUAUAUGUUGACAGUUACUAUUCUGAUAUGAAUUGUGUGUGGUUUUUUAAGUUUAUUUACUUAUUAUUUAGAGAGAGCAGGGGAAGGGCAGAGAGAGGGAGAGACAGAAUCCCAAGCAGGCUCCACGCUAUCAGGGAGGAGCCUGACUCAGGGCUCAAACUCAGAACUGUGAGAUCAUGAUCUGAGCCAAGAUCAAGUCGGAUGCUUAACACACUGAGCCACUCGGGUGUCCUGGAUUUUUGUGUUUUAAAAGCAGAAAAAAAAAUAAUUUAGGCCACAUGCCUUGAGGCCUUUAUUGCCCCCUGAUUGGCUCCUUGAACUGGGCGCACUAGGUCUCCAGAAGGAACAUUAUUGCUUCUAAAGAGAGAAGUGACAAUAAAGCAGAUUAUAAUUCAGAAGCAGUAAAUAAUGAAACUAUAAAAAUGAGAACACACCAAAUUCUCUAGUAUAGGAUGAAGUGGUUAAUAUUCAUUUCUAAAACAUUAUUAGCCAUAUAAAGGAUAAUUUUAGUACUCGAACUGAAAAGAGACAUGAUACUAAUCUUUGCUGUGGCUGAGCGUGCUCUCUAGUGACUUAAGGAAUAUUGUAGUUUUGAAGAUAUUAAAUCCAGUGGGAAUGACUAAAGCGGUUAGUCUCUAAUCUUGAAAGAAUUUCCACCAUUAAAUCAGCAAACCAGAUCCAACCAAGACUGGAUACGCUAGCGAUACUGUUUGCAUUGGAAACACUAAGAUAUGCGUACAUGUAUGUAAAAUAUAUACAUACAGAUACAUGCGGAGAAGUAUCUAUAUAUUGAUAAAGAUGGUCAUUAAUGACUGGUCAGUAGAUGUUAAGAUACUUAGGGGGCAUCUGGGUGGCUCAGUCAGUUAAACAUCCAACUCUUUUUUUUUAAUAUGAAAUUUAUUGUCAAAUUGGUUUCCAUAUAACACCCAGUGCUCAUCCCAACAGGUGCCCUCCUCAAUGCCCAUCACCCACUUUCCCCUCUCCCCCACCCCCUAUCAACCCUCAGUUUAUUCUCAGUUUUUAAGAGCCUCCUUCCCUCUCUGUAACUUUUUUUUUCCCCUUCCCCUCCCCCAUGGUCUUCUGUUAAGUUUCUCAGGGUCCACAUAAGAAUGAAACCACAUGGUAUCUUUCUUUCUCUGUAUGACUUAUUUCACUUAGCAUAACAUUCUCUAGUUCCAUCCAUGUUACUACAAAGGGCCGUAUUUCAUUCUUUCUCAAUGCCAAGUAGUAUUCUAUUGUAUAUAUAAACCACAACUUCUUUAUCCAUUCAUCAGUUGAUGGACAUUUAGGCUCUUUCCAUAAUUUGGCUAUUGUUGAAAGUGCUGCUAUAAACAUUGGGGUACAAGUGCCCCUAUGCCUCAGCACUCCUGUAUCCCUGGGGCAAAUUCCUAGCAGUGCUAUUGCUGGGUCAUAGGGUAGGUCUAUUUUUAAUUUUUUUUGAGGAACCUCCACACUGUUUUCCAGAGCGGCUGCACCAGUUUGUAUUCCCACCAACAGUGCAAGAGGGUUCCCGUUUCUCCACAUCCUCGCCAGCAUCUAUAGUCUCCUGAUUUGUUCAUUUUAGCCACUCUGACUGGCGUGAGGUGAUAUCUGAGUGUGGUUUUGAUUUUUAUUUCCCUGGUGAGGAGUGACGUUGAGCAUUUUUUCAUGUGCCUGUUGGCCAUCUGGAUGUCUUCUUUAGAGAAGUGUCUAUUCAUGUCUUCUGCCCAUUUCUUCACUGGAUUAUUUGCUUUUUCGUAUGGAGUUUGGUGAGGUUUUUUUUAGUUAUUUUUUUUUACAUUUAUUUAUUUUUGAGAGACAGAGAGAGACAGUGUGAGCAGGGGAGGGGCAGAGAGAGAGAGGGAGACACAGAAUCCAAAGCAGGCUCCAGGCUCUGAGCUGUCAGCACAGAGCCCAAUGCGGGGCUCGAACCCACGAAUUGUGAGAUCAUGACCUGAGCCAAAGUCAGACGCUUAACCAACUGAGCCACCCAGGUGCCCCUGGUGAGUUCUUUAUAGAUUUUGGAUAUAACCCUUUGUUCGAUAUGUCAUCUGCAAAUAUCUUUUCCCAUUCCGUCAGUUGCCUUUUAGUUUUGUUGCAAGUUGGGAUAGAAGGAACAUACUUAAACAUCAUAAAAGCCAUUUAUGAAAAGCCCACAGCUAAUAUCAUCCUCAAUGGGGAAAAACUGAGAGCUUUCCCCCUGAGAUCAGGAACACGGCAGGGAUGUCCACUCUCACUGCCGUUGUUUAACAUAGUAUUGGAAGUCCUAGCACCAGCAAUCAGACAACAAAAGGAAAUCAAAGGCAUCAAAAUUGGCAAAGAAGAAGUCAAGCUUUCACUUUUUGCAGAUGACAUGAUAAUAUACAUGGAAAACCCAAUAGACUCCACCAAAAGUCUGCUAGAA